AGCCAGGGCCAGAAGGAAGGUGCAGAAGUGAGCCUGAGUGCAGAGUGAGGAGGGAUCGCCGCGUCCUUGUGGGGGCCUGAGCCCUCCAUGCCACGGCCUGAGGGACACGCAGACGGCCGGCGUUGGUGAGGCCCAGUGCUCCGUCAGUAAGAAGCCAAAGAUGUUGACCAGGAAGAUUAAGCUCUGGGAUAUAAAUGCCCACAUCACCUGCCGCCUGUGCAGCGGCUACCUCAUCGAUGCAACCACGGUGACUGAGUGUCUGCACACAUUCUGCAGGAGCUGCCUGGUGAAGUACCUCGAGGAGAACAAUACGUGUCCCACGUGCAGGAUUGUGAUCCACCAGAGCCACCCGCUGCAGUACAUCGGGCAUGACAGGACCAUGCAAGACAUUGUUUACAAGCUGGUUCCAGGCCUCCAGGAAGCGGAAAUGAGGAAACAGCGGGAAUUCUACCACAAGCUGGGAAUGGAGGUUCCAGGCGACAUCAAGGGGGAGGCGUGCUCUGCAAAACAGCAUCUAGACGCCCGGAAUGGUGAAACCAAAGCAGAUGACAGUUCAAACAAAGAAACAACAGAAGAGAAACAGGAAGAAGACAAUGAUUACCACCGGAGUGAUGAGCAGGUGAGCAUCUGUCUGGAGUGCAACAGCAGCAAGCUUAGGGGCCUGAAGCGGAAGUGGAUUCGUUGCUCAGCCCAGGCAACGGUCCUGCACCUGAAGAAGUUCAUUGCCAAGAAGCUCAACCUCUCCUCCUUCAAUGAGCUGGACAUUUUAUGCAAUGAGGAGAUCCUGGGCAAGGACCAUACCCUCAAGUUCGUGGUUGUCACCAGGUGGAGAUUCAAGAAGGCGCCCCUCUUGCUGCACUACAGACCCAAGAUGGACUUGCUGUGACCUGGCAGUCUUGGCGCCCUCGGGGCUCCGUGCGGUGACCCUGCUGUGGAAUGUCACCUCUUGGGUGUCAUGCGGACCAGAUUUCUGAAUAGAGAAUAUUUAUAACUUUUGUAUGAGAGAAUCCACACCCAAGACACUACCAGCACGCGUUUACAGAGGAUGAAGACACUUCGCAGUUCUGUGUGACCGCGCGCACUCGUCUCUGCUUCGUCCCCGGCCAGAGAGCGAGUGCAGUGCGAUGCGCUUCCGCCACCUC